GAUAAAUGGAGCCUUAUGAAACGGAUUGGUGACUACGUGGUAGAGAACGGUGGGAUAUCACAAUUACGGAUCGGCCCACGUACAGUUUAUGUUAUGAACGAUCCAGUAGAUGUCGGCGUCAUUGCAAAUACAUGUUUCGAAAAAGCAUAUUUUUAUAAAUUCUCACAAGAUUUCUUAGGAAAUGGAUUGAUAACGGCUGAUGCGGCUAUGUGGAAAAUACACCGAAAAUUACUAAAUCCCGCCUUUAGCCAGCAAAUAUUGAACACAUUUCUUAACGAAGUAAAUGUACAAGCUCGAAAUCUUGCCUCACAGUUGAGUACUGUUGCUGGGACGGAACCAGUUGAUGUUCAUGAUUUUUUGGUGAAACACAUUCUAAGAGUAGUUUGUCGAACAUCGUUAGGGCUAGAAGCUACAGAUCAAGAUAUGAUUGACAACGAUUAUGCGAAAGCAGUUGAUGAAAUUGUAGCAAUACUUUGUCAUCGAGGUCUUAAUACGUGGUUGCAUCCAUCAUUUAUAUACAACAGAACCGCCAUGAAAAGGAAAGAACAGGAACUCACCACAAGUAUCAAGAAUAUGAUAAAUCCUAUAAUUAAGAAACGUAAAGUUGAUUUACAAGCAAACAACAACAUGGCUAAUGACGAUAGUUCAGUGACAGGUAAAUUCAAACCCAUGCUGGAUCUCUUACUGCAUCUAUCUGAUGAAGAAAGUGUGUUAACUGACGAUGAAAUCAGAGAACAUCUAGACUCUUUUGUAGCAGCUUCUUACGAUACAACUUCGUCAGCGCUGAAGACCAUGCUGCUGGUGCUUGGAUCAUACCCGGAUGUCCAGGAACGAGUUUAUAAAGAAGUUCAAGAUGUAUUCCAAAAUAAUGAUGAUUUGACUAAACACGAUAUGUCAAAAUUGGUUUACUUAGAAGCAGUGAUAAAGGAGGCAAUGAGACUAUAUGAUUCGAUUCCUUGGGUGGCAAGGAAAAUCCAUACUGAUAUAGUGCUGUCAAAAUAUACGCUACGCGCUGGAAGUACCUGUAUAUUGUCAUUGUACGGUCUCCAUCGUCACUCUUCAUGGGGACCAGAUGUCCAUCAGUUCAAACCAGAGCGAUGGCUAAAUCCUGCGACUUUACCUACAAACCCUAACGUGUACGCUGCGUUUGGUAUUGGCAAGCGAAACUGCAUUGGAAAACAGUACACUUUAAUGGUUUUGAAGACCUCUCUCGCACAUAUUGUGAGAAAAUUCCACGUUACUGGUGAUAUCAUGAAUUUAAAAUGGAAGUACGAAGUUGUAAUUAAACCUAAAACUCCAGCUUAUAUUACUUUAAAGUUAAGAUCUUAG